AUGGUGUCUCCAACAAAGACUUUGAGUCCUCAAAACCUUACAAUAGUGCUGCUUCUUUUCUGUGUCACAAUUUCAUCUCCAAUUUAUGCCAUCACAUCUUCUGGCAAGUUAGACCAACCACUAGUUUCUCGCCAACCAUACACUGAAAUCAAGUGUGGAUCAUGUCCUUGUGGAAGCCCCUGCGAUGAGCAACUUCUGUCACCUCCUCCUCCACCUCCUCCUUCGCCCCCACCACUACUACUACCGGAAAUUUCCUCCCCACAAGUUUGUGAUGAAUCACCACCGCCACCGCCUCCACGACGGCCUCCACCACCACCAUCACGUCCACCACCAACACCACCGCCGCCAAGGUUCAUAUAUGUAACCGGUUCACCGGGUGAUGCAUAUGCAUACUAUUACUCUGCUGCUCAAAACAGAGUUGUGGGGUUGCUGGUUUUGACUGGUUUGGGAGUACUAUCAGUCACGAUGUUAUUUGGUUGA